AUGGUCGACCUCAACAGCGGGCUCAAGCUGCCUGUUCCCGGUGCCACAUCCGAUCCCACCCUCGCAUCGCGCGACUUCUCCUUCCCAUACCCGCAAGCCUACUCGAUCCAGCUCGACCUGAUGCGCCAGGUCUUCUCCACCAUCGAGGACGGGAAAGUGGGUCUGUUCGAAAGUCCGACCGGCACGGGCAAGUCGCUGUCGCUUAUCUGUGCUGCGUUCACCUGGCUCCGGCAGAACGCCAGGCGAGGCACCCACGGCCUUAGCGCACGCGGUUCGGACGACGAGCCAGAUUGGGUGGUGCAGCACGCUCAGGACCGCAAGCGCAAGGCGCACGAGUCGCACGAGCUCGAACUUCAAGAACGUAUUGCGGCGGCGCGCGCCCGGCAGUCGGCGCUCAAACGGCGGCGUCUGGACGGAUCCAUCCCCGAAACCCGCAACCAUGCAGACCGAGAACAAGACUCGGACGACGACCUGCUCAUCGACCAAGACGAGGGCGAGAAGGGUGCAAGGGCGCUGCGGUUGGCCACAUACACGCGCACAGCCCUGUCCGAAUCGUCGGUCCAGCAAGAAGACAACCUUUCGCCGGCGGUGCGCGCGCUCAUGCAGCAGUACGAGCAGACGCACCACCGCGGCCAGGACGACGACGAAGAACCCGAGACGCUUCCACGCGUCAUCUACGCCAGCCGCACCCAUUCGCAGCUAUCGCAGUUCGUCGCCGAGCUGAAAAAAACCUCGUUCGGUGAGGUGGACGUUCUCAACCCGGCCGAUCUGCCCGUGCGGACGAUCGCGCUCGGAAGUCGCAAGCAGAUGUGCAUCAACGAUUCCGUCCAGCACAUCGCGCGACGCAAGGGCACCGAGGCGAUGAACGAGCGAUGCCUCGAGCUGAUGAAAGCGAAAAAAGGCAAAUGCGCAGCGCUGCCGUCGUUCGAUCUGGCGGGGCGUGCGCAGAUCCUCGAAUUCCGCGACGCGGCCAUGGCGCAGGUGGGCGACAUCGAAGACCUCGUUCAGCUGGGCCGCGACACCAAGACGUGCCCGUACUUUGCGGCGCGCACCAGCGCCAAGCAGGCCGAACUCGUCACGCUGCCGUACAACCUGCUGCUGCAGAAAGACGCGCGCCAGGCACUCGGCAUCAGUCUCGAGGGCUGCGUGGUUCUCAUCGACGAGGCGCACAACCUCAUCGACACCAUCCUCGGCACGCACUCGGUCAGCAUCGACUCGCGCCAGAUCGCCCAAGCCGCACGCCAGAUCGACGCCUACCUCGACCGCUUUGCGCUGCGCCUCAAGGGCUCCAACGAGGCCAACCUGCGCAAGGUGCGCAAGCUGCUCGCGGCCAUGUCGACGUUCUUCUCGCAGCACGCCGCGAAAAAGGGCGAGGCCGAGGUGGUCAUGUCGGCGGCCGAGCUCGUGCGCGGUCUGGCUGGCAGCUUGGAUCAGAUCAACCUCGUCACGCUCGAGACGUGGCUCAAAGAGACGCAGAUCGCACGCAAGAUCAGCGGAUACGCAGACAAGCAUGCCAACCGUGCGGCAACCGAGUCCGUCGCCAAUGCUGCUGGAAGCGCUCGUCGACCUCCGCAAAAAACGCCGAAACCCAGCCAGGUCGACAAGGAGCCUUCGAGUCAAAGUGCCAUCUCGAGCAUGCAUGCGAUCGAGUCGUUUAUCCUCUCGCUCGCGCACCGAUCCGAGGAUGGCCGCGUGGUUCUUUCGCGCGUGGACGACGCCGGCGAGCCGUACGUGCGCGCCAAGUACCAGCUGCUCAAUCCGUCGCAUGCAUUCAAGUCGGUCGUAGAAGAGGCUCGAUCCGUGAUUCUAGCCGGCGGCACCAUGGAGCCCCUCUCGGACUUCCGUCAGCAGCUCCUUCCCUUCCUACCGCGCGACAAGCUGGUCGAGUUCUCGUGCGGCCACGUGAUCCCUUCGAGCAAACUCAUGGUGAGCGUGCUGGGCUCCAGCCCCAAGGGUUUGCCGUUCGAGUUCAAGUUCGACUCGCGCGACAACGCCGAGCUGAUCGACGAGCUGGGACGCACGCUCAUCAACCUGUGCAACGUUGUCCCCGCCGGGAUGGUGGUCUUUGUCCCGAGCUAUGCCUUUCUCGACCGCAUCAUGGCGCGCUGGAAGGACGCCGGCUCGGGCGAGCUGCACAAGCGCCUGGGUGCCAAGAAGAAGAUCUUUUCCGAACCUAAGACGACCAUGGAGGUGGACGGCGUGCUGCACGACUACACGGCUGCGAUUCGCGACGCGGGCAGCGCCGGAGGCGCGAUCAUGUUCGCCGUCGUCGGCGCCAAGCUCUCGGAGGGCAUCAACUUUUCCGACGACCUGGCGCGUGCCGUCGUCAUGGUGGGCAUGCCCUUCGCCAACAUGCACAGUCCCGAGCUGGCCGAACGCAUGAAGUACGUGCGCGAGCUUGCCAAGCAGCAUCCGCACGCCACCAACACCGUCGACCCCGGCCACGAGCUGUACACGAAUCUGUGCAUGAAAGCUGUCAACCAGUCGAUCGGCCGCGCCGUGCGCCACCAGAACGACUAUGCGGCGCUCAUCCUGCUCGAUCGGCGCUACGCCCGGCCCGAGAUCAAGCAGCGCCUGCCCGGGUGGAUCCGCAAAGAGGUCAGCGUCGCCGACCGGUUUGGCGGACUCAUCAAACAGACCGCUGCGUUCUUCAAGCAUCGAAAGACGCCAGCAUCGUAG